GCGAUGCUCUGGAGCGCGUGGGCGGUGCAGUGAGCGGUGGGAGGUGGGCCGUCCGUGUCCACGCUCACUCACUGGUGGCAUUGUCAUGGAAACUAGACCACCGCCUCGCUAUUGUCUCGCGCUCUGCCAAGUUUAUUAUAAACACCGCGCGAGCCGCAGCGCGCUGUCAAACGGAGCGCGAGAGCAGAGCGAACUGCAGUCCAGGGAGGAAAGCUGAAAGGGCGGACAGAAAGAGAGAAAAAGCAGGAGAAAGUGAAGAAAGGAGAGUGAAGCUGUAGAGAGAAAAGCGAAAACAUCUGGAUUAUUUACCAAGAAAAACGCCAAACAGCCGCGUGACAGUGAGAUAUACACCACAAAGCUGACAGGAGUUCUGGAAAGACGAACCAACAGUCCUUGGAGAUACUGGAGACAGACCAACUCUGACUGGUUUGAACUAUAUUCACUCUAUCUCCUACAAUACCAGGCGGCUGAAGACACAGCCGAACCCUCUCUGAAUCAGAGUUCACUCCGUCGUUUCUUUUUGCAGACCGGUGUUUGCACCGGCUGAUCUCCAUGUAUAAAAUGGAUUACUCCUACCUGAACUCCUAUGACUCCUGCAUGGCGGCCAUGGAAGCGUCGGCCUACGCGGACUUCAGCUCUUGCAGCCAGGCCAGCUCCUUCCAGUACAACCCGAUCCGGAGCGGACCCUUCUCCAACCCGGGCUGCACUCCGCUCAGCACGGCCAGCUGCACCCUGGGAGCCCUGCGAGAGCACCAGCCCACACCUUACUCCUCAGUUCCUUACAAGUUUUUCUCGGACCCUUCCGGCCUGAACGAAAAGAGGAAGCAGCGGCGCAUCAGGACCACCUUCACCAGCUCCCAGCUGAAGGAGCUGGAGCGGGUCUUUGCCGAGACACACUAUCCGGACAUCUACACGCGAGAGGAGCUGGCGCUGAAGAUAGACCUGACCGAGGCGCGGGUGCAGGUGUGGUUUCAGAACAGGCGUGCCAAGUUUCGUAAGCAGGAGCGUGCAGCAAACGCCAAAGCCAACAGCUCUGGUGGCACCUCGGGCAGCACCAGCAGCAGCAGCUCUGGAGGGAAGAAGGGCGGCGAGCCGAGAUCUUCAUCAGACGAUGAUGAGUCCAAAGAAUCCACCUGCAGCCCCACACCUGACAGCACGGCCUCCCUGCCCGGCUCGGCCAAUGGAAACUUGGGCAGCCCUGCCAGCCUGAGCCCCAGCCCGGCUCCUGUCAACAGCGUCUACGCUAACACCUCCAGCUCUCCGGUUCUCCAGGGCCUGAAGCCGCCCAGCUGGUCCAGCCUGGGGCCAUCCAACCCAGCUGUGGCCCAGCCUGCUGCCCAGACUCAGGAGAUUCUGAAGGCCUGGCAGCCGGCGGACAGUAUGACCGGGCCCUUUGCCGGAGUCCUGUCCUCCUUCCACAGAAAACCCAACCCCACCAUCAAGACGAACCUGUUCUGAAGCACAGAGGAAGAGCAAAUCAGAAACAGACAUUAUGUGGUCUACUGGAACACUGAGGAGUUUCUAGCUUUUGUUGAGAGAGUCAGGACUUGCCCAUUAUAACGCUGAAUUCACUGGUGAAGCCUGCUGUAGUUCAGCAAGGCCCUCGGUUCUCCUCUAAAAAAAACUAUCCUGUCAAACUGAUUCAAAGCUCAGAUAAUAAAGUCAAAAGGUCUGGUCACCAUCUCUCACCCCAAAAUAUUAUGCAACUGCACAUUAUACCUGCAAAACUCUACCUGGACAUGGUCAGUUUCUUCCCUGCCAUGACUUAAACUCGUCACUUUCACCCUCAAAUCAGAGCUGUUCGUUCAUACAGUUUGCCAAGAAAUCUUCCUCAGACCAAACUAAAAGACACAGUGUUGUCACCUCUAUUUAAUGAUGUAACACUCUUCAUGUACAGGAUCUUAAACUCCACAGUGUCAGAAGGAUGUUUGUGUGUAACCAAGUCAGAACACACACACACACACACACACACACACACACACACACACACACACAAGCUCUUUUCCUUUAUCUUAGACUCACAUUCCCACACUCACUGCAUUGCAACAAACCCUGUCGUGCUCAUCAGAGCCGCUGAGCAUGGCGGUCAGGUACAAGUUUAAAGCAGAAAUCUAAACAUCACGCUCCAGUCUCUGCUGGGGAAACAAAACAAACUUUUACCCUCAAGCACAACUUCCUCUAAGCCCCCUGACACACAGACUCCCACCAGAAGGGAACAGGGUCCCCCCUAAACCUCUUUGCCGAGCAGAGCAGAGCACCCCAAAAUCCAAUUAGAGUGGUCGGGUCCAGACCAGACUCCUCCCCAGUUCAUCCCCUCCUCCUUCUUCUUUACUGUAUCAAGUCCUGACUCACCCUCUCUCAUCCUCAAUGUG